AUGAACAUUCUUGACAAAAUCGAGGACAACAUCAGUGCGAAUGUCAUUGACGCGAAGCUCGACCCACUCGAUGAUUCAGGAAAAGAGAAUGAGUCACGUGGUCUGAUAUCAAGUGCAUUCACUUCUCUCAAGGAAACAGUUUUUGGGGAUUCCAAAGAAUCUGAAGAGAGAAAAGAAGAGACACCAGUUGAAGACGUGGCUCCAGAAGCCUCUCAAGAGGUGGAUGAAGGAGAAAGACGGUCGUUUGGAGAAAUGAAAGACGAUUCUAGAGGUAUAUUUUCAUCAAUUAAGGAAUCUGUCUUUGGAAGCGCGGACGACAAAAAUGACCAAUCAGUGGAGUCGAAAGCUCCGGAGCCAUCAGAAGAUCAAGCCCCAGAAGCAUUUCAAUCAGAAGAAGGCCAAAAACGACGAUCCUUCGGAGAAAUGAAAGACGAUUCUAGAGGUAUACUCAAAGAUCUCAAAGAAUCGGUCUUCGGGAGCCAAGACGACAAAAAUGAGGAGUCAAAAAACCAUGAGAAGGAAGAAGAAAUGCCGACAGUGACAAUGGUUCCUGAUCGUUCUGGAGACAAGACUCCAGAAUCAGAAUCUUUGGACACCCCCUCAGAGUCACCACAAAAAUCUGGAGGCAUACUAUCCAACGCGUUCUCCUCUAUCAGAGAAUCCAUGAUGGGUGCGUCAUCCCACAAGACUGGGCAAGCUCUGUUGAAUCAAGACGAGGAAAUUCCAAAUGAGGAUGACCCUGAUGAUGCUGCAGAGGAUUUGGCUCCAGAAGUUCCCAAAGCAGGGCAGAUGCCAUUCGAGAGACCUGGAGCGGAGGAAAGUUUGGCGUAUGAUGAGGAUGCAAGGGAUAAGGCUCACUCGGAAGCAGCGGAGAAGGAGAUGGAGCAAGGUUCGGAGGAUAAGGAGGAGAAAAACCCUCCAGACAAUACUAAAGAACAUGCAGAAAUAUCAGCUGAGAAUUCGGAAAAAGAAGAAGGUGAUAAGACUACAGAUGAUGAUGAUAAGAAGAGAGCACCGCAGAGUGAUAAGCGAGUUAAGGACACCGGAGAGAACGAUGACAAGGAAGAUUCAGAAGGCAAGAAGAACGAAAAAUCAGAAUCUGAGGACUCGAAAGACGACAACUCUGAAAGUGAGGAGUCUGCGAAGAAAAAGGAGUCAGAAGACAAGAAAGAUGAUGCUUCCAAAGAUGAAAAAUCUGGAGAACCUGAUUCCAAGAAAGAAGGAGGAACAGAAGUGAAGAACAAGAGUUCGGAUGAGAAAAAGGAGUCAUCUGAAUCUUCAGACGCCGCCAAGGACCAAGCCGCAAAAGAUGCCAACGACGCGAAGGAUACCGCAAAGAAUCAAUUUGAAAGUGUGAAAAAAGAGGAUUCUGAGAAGAAAAAUAACGCUGAUAAGGACAAGAAAGAUGAUAAGAAGGGAGGUGAUAAGGAUGAGAAGACUGGUUCAGAUUCCAAGGGAGAAAAGGAUUCUGGAAAGUCGGACGACUCGGAAUCUGGAGAGAAAAAGCCGAGUAGCCAAGCCCAAGAAAUAGGAGAUCACUCGAAGGACCCGAAUUCUGAAGCAGAGAAGUCUAAGGCCGAAGACAAGAAGGAGGAUUCGAAGGACUCUGAUGACACCAAGAAAAAUGAUAAUGAAAAGGCUGAAGAACCCAAAAAAGAUGAUAAAGAUUCUGGAGUGAAGCUUGCAAGUGAAGCCCAAGAAGUUGGUGACCACUCGAAAGAUCCAAAUUCUGAAGACAAAAAAACUGAAGAGCCAAAGAAGGAAGAUAAGAAGGAGGAUUCUGAAGCAAAGAAGUCAGAGGAGUCUAAGGAAGAAAAGAAGAAGGAUGACUCUGAUGACACCAAGAAAAAUGAUGAUCAAGGUUCAAAAGAUGAGAAAUCAGAAGAUGGAGAAGGCAAGAAUUCAGAUUCUGGUGAUGGUGACGGAGAAUCCGGUGACCCUCCACAAAAUACUGCAGACGAAGUUAGUUACGUGUCAUCAAUUCAUAAAGAAGAUGCUCUUGAUUCGAAGCCAUUAUAG